UUGGUAAUGUUCUUAAAAAAGCUGGGGUGGUAGCGUUAUCAAUUUACCACAAUUUAACAUUAAAAGUUAGAAAUUACUCAAUUAAAUACCAUGGGCCGAUCCAGAUCAAGAAGUAAAUCACCGAGACGACACCAUAAAAGCAGUAAACAUUCACGUAAGAAAAGUCGGUCUAAAGAUCGUUCUUCAUCCAGAAGCAGGAAUUCAAAACAUGUUGAAAAAUCUAAGGAAAGAAGUUCCAAAUCAAGAAAACGGUCACGCUCAGCUUCAACAUCUAGCACAAGUGAUGCAUCAUAUGAUGGCAGCAGAAGAAAGAAAUCAAAGGGACGCAGCAAAAUGGACGAAGUCGAUCGGCUUGCUGAAAUGGAGAGGCAAAGACGUGUUAGAGAAGCUGAACAAAAGGAACCCCUGCCAGGCACAAGAUCUGCUACUACGCCCUCUAAAAUACUAAAGGUGGUUGAAGAAGAAGCCGCAAAAAGGAUAGAGUUACUUGUGAAGAAAAGAGUCGAAGAGGAAUUAGAAAAACGCAAAGAAGAAAUAGAACAGGAGGUGGCGAAAAGAGUGGAGGAAGCUAAACGCAAGAUGGAAAUAGAAAUGAUGCAAGAGCUUGAGCGACAAAGAGAACAGCAGCGGCGCGAGGAGCUUGCUAGACAGGAGGAAGAAGCUCGUAAAAGGAAAGAGCUGGAGGAUAUCAUGGCGGAAAAUAACAAAAAAAUUGAAGAGGCACAACGAAAGUUGGCGGAAGAGAGGUUAGCAAUGAUAGAGGAGCAAAGAAAAAUGGAUGAAGAGAGACAGAAGUUGAAAAAAGAACAAGAAAAGAGAGUUAAGGAAGAACAAAAGAAAAUAUUGGGCAAAAAUAAUUCAAGACCUAAAUUGUCUUUCUCGUUGAAACCUCUUUCAUGAGUGGAUAGUGUACAAAUGGUAAUGUGAAAUGAACUAUACACACAGGACCAUGGGAAAUAUGUAUAUAAUUGUUCCUUUUAUGAAUUUGACAACAAAUAUUUCUCAAAUAAUUAUAACUAUGAAGACAAAAGAAACAGUUGACAAAGUUUGAUACAUGAAAUUGUUUAAAUUUGCCUUAAAAUUACAAUAGCUAGAAAAAAGUCCGUAGACUUAACAUAAGAUUUGCUCAUUUACAAUAGAUUUAACAUUUUUUUUCAAAUUCGAUAGUAAAGUGAGUGACGCUAGUUGAUAAUAGAUAAAAUUUAUUGAUCAUUGAAGAAUAGCUAAUAAUUAUAAGAAUUUGGUAAAAAAUACAAUUUAACAAAUGCAAAAAUUGCAAAUUUAUCUAGCCCCAUGGUCAAAGUUAAAGCAGCCCCUGACAGAACUAAUAGCAAUAACAGCAUCACUGACUGGGCUAGAUUAAUUUGUGAAAUUAUAAGGUGAAACAAUAUUAUGUCAAGUCAGCUACAGUUUUACAGUUAAAGUAAAAUUCAUAUUGUGAAAUUGAAAUGAUUGGCUUACAUUGCACGUUGGAAGAUUCAUUAAAUGUGUUUCAAAUCCAGGAUUUCUAAACACCAUGUUAGCGGAAUUAGAGGUUUGUUCAAUGUAUUGUGAGUACAUAGAAUAAUAUAGAUAAGGGAAUAUUUGUGUCAAUUUAUCAGAUUUUUUUAAUAACUCCACACGUUUUAUGUGGCAAUAAGUGCUUUAUAUUUUAUAGUAUGAAAUAAACACACCAAUAUAUAUUUAAUACUUGAAUUUCCAACAAUAUUAUGAUAAAAAAACGAUUUUUUAUACUUUCUUAGAUAUAAAACUACCCAAUUACCUAACCUCAUCGUACUAAACGUUUUUCUUAAGAUAGUGUUCUACAUAUUGGCAAAUUUUCUUUGGAUCAAAACAUUAACAAAUAUUUCAUGUUGUGUAACAAGAAAUUUGUUAUUUUAUUAUUUUUUCUGAUACUGAUGUAUGU